AUGGCAACCAUCACUCCAAACAUCACCACCGAAGGCUCCCUCGAGAGAGACUUCAGCGCCGUCACUGUCGGAAUCGAUAUUCUACAGCAAAUCGUCCGCGCAGCCAACCUCAACCCCAACGACAAAAUCCUUAUUGUCGGCUCCAACAACGGCCCUUUGGGCAUCUUCGUCAGAGACGCUCUCCGACGCAUGGGUGGAUCCGAUCGCGAAUGGCAGGUCUCUCACAGGCUCAUAACACCGGCCCAUGUGGAUGAUACGACCGGUGCCUGGGUCAGAGAUGCGAAGGAGAUUUGUCUUAGGGUCGAGGUCGCCGAAGCGAACGAGAACCGACUCCCCCCGCCACGUGCUACCGAAGGCUUCGAUGCAGUGUUCUUCACCUCCAACGAUCCUGGCGUCCCAGCCGAUUGCGACAAGCUCAUCCAGAUGUUCGGCGCUGUUACCAAGGUCGGCGGCGACGAAAUAGUGCAAACUCAGGCCGUGGAACGCAGGUUUGGAAGCGUCAGUGGACGCAAGGUCAAACAAGAAGUAUUGCUCAAAGAGCAAGCUGGUGAUGGAACCGGGAAGCUGUCGUUAUCUGACACACACCAAGACCCGGUAAUGUCUGUUGAAGAUGGCGACAAUCGUGAUCACAGUACAGCUGGGGCACCUUCUGACAUCCCCUUGUAUGUGGGUGGGGAAACAGUCAGUACUGGACAGUUGCUUCGAGAAAUCGCAACAGGAGACACACAGCAGCACGGAGAUUCGCCGCCUCCUCUCGUCGAAGCCGGACAUACUCCACACAAGCUCGAUAGUUCUCGGGAGCAAGGACCGGCUUCUAGCGGAGAAGAGAGCUCGAGCGCAAUUUCCACUUUAGCAUUGCGGAAUCAAGAUAUACGGGAAAGCAGCGGUGCUUUCGCAUCUGCAGGUGCCAAGAAACGAAAAGCCGAAGCACUAGAUGCAGACCGGCAGCCUACCCCGAGCUCGAAUCCUUCCAGAGAGGCCAUUGCAAUUGCUGCGAAAGAAGACGCGGAGAUUGAUACUCAUCCGGCCGACGAAAGGAACGAGGUCAAAGUAAUUUCGAAGUUCGAAGAAUGGCAGAUGGCGGUCGAGGCGGAAACGAAGGAGAAAGUGGCUAAGCGAUUGAAAGGGAUAAAGUAG